AUGGCGGCGUCGCCGCCGUCGCCGCCGCCGUCUCGGAGCACUAUCGCCGCCGCCGUCGCCGUCUCCCCGGGCAACACCACCGCCGCCAACACCGUCCCCGCCUUCUCCGGUGACGCCGGUGCUACCGCCAACGACAUCCCCGCCUUCUCCGGUGUUGCCACCGAUGCCGUCCCCGCCUUCUCCGGUGUUGCCACCGACGCCGUCCCCGCCUUCUCCGGUGAAUCCGCUACCACCGACGCCGUCACGGCCACUGCCACCGACGCCGUCACGGCCACUGCCACCGACGCCAUCCCCGCCUUCUCCGGCGCCGCCGUCCCAACCUCCGGCGGCCGCACCGGCGCUGACGCCCCUUCUCCUCCCGUCUUCACCCCAUCACCCCCUGCCCCUGGUGUCACCACUCCUCCUCCACCGCCGUCUCCGCCAUCGCGGUCCUCAUCGCCUUCGCCCUCAACCCCGCAAGGGGCACUGAUCGCCAUCGUCGCGGGCAUCGUGGGAGUGACCGUGCUCGGCCUCGUCGCCGGCCUGCUCUGCCUCUGCUCGCGCCGACGCCAGCGCGGCGCCCCUUCUCCGGCGGCAUCACCCGGCGUUUUCUACGGACCCCAGUUCCAGUUGCCGGUGGCCUCGCAUCAGCCAUCGCCGCCGAUUUACACGGCCAUAAAGUACAGCCCGCGGCCACACGCGCGCUCGCCGCGUGGCGACGGCGGCGAUGGCAGUGGCUCUGACCCGCCGCCGCCGUCUCCGCCAGCGCCGGUGAGCGGCGGCACGAUCUCGUACGCCGACCUGGAGGUGGCGACGGACGGGUUCUCCGAGAGCAAGCUUCUCGGGCAGGGCGGGUUCGGGCACGUGUACCGCGGCGUCCUCGCCGUCGCCGGCGGGCAGGAGGUGGCCAUCAAGAAGCUCCGGCCCGGGAGCGGGCAGGGCGACCGCGAGUUCCGCGCCGAGGUGGACAUCAUCAGCCGCGUCCACCACCGCAACCUCGUCUCCCUCGUCGGCUACUGCAUCCACGGCGACCAGCGCCUCCUCGUCUACGAGUACGUCCCCAACAAGACGCUCGACUUCCACCUGCACGGGAGCGGCGGCCGGUCGACGCUGGAUUGGCCGCGGAGGUGGAAGAUCGCCGUCGGCUCGGCCAAGGGGCUGGCCUACUUGCACGAGGACUGUCAUCCAAAGAUCAUUCACCGUGACAUCAAGGCAGCCAACAUCCUUCUUGAUUACAGCUUCGAGCCAAAGGUUGCAGACUUUGGUCUGGCCAAGAUCCAACCCGGAGACGACACCCACGUUUCUACCCGCGUGAUAGGCACCUUCGGGUACUUGGCGCCGGAGUAUGCUACCACUGGCAAAGUAAACGACAGGUCCGACGUCUUCUCCUUCGGCGUCGUGCUUCUGGAGCUGAUCACCGGGAGGAGACCCGUCACGUCGACUGAGCCCUACAACGACGAGACUCUGGUUUCUUGGGCAAGGCCUCUGCUGACAAAAGCACUGGAAGAGCAUGUCUACGCUGAGCUGGUCGAUCCAAAGCUUGGCAACUUGUACGACACCAGUGACAUGCAGCGGCUGAUUACCUGCGCCGCCGCCGCCGUGCGGCACACGGCGCGCUCCCGCCCUCGGAUGAGCCAGAUUGUGAGAUACAUGGAGGGCGAGCUGUCCAUCGAGGACCUGAACGCCGGCGUCGCGCCGGGGAGGAGCUUGCUGCACUCGCAGGAACACCACUCCGGCGACACGACGGAGCUGGUACGGCGGAUCAGGAGGAUGGCGUUCGUGCCAGGCACCGGCACAGGCGCCGUCACCGACAGCGACUACCUGAGCGAGGCGACGAGCGAGUACGGGCAGAACCCAUCCAUCUCCAGCAGCGAAGUCGACAUGGCCGAGGUGGCCGGCGUCACGCAGACGGCCACCAGCCGGCCGCACGUCGCCGGGUCCGGCCCGGGCACGUCCCAGGUGGUGGCGCCACGGCACUACUCCGGCCAUCCCGACAACGACGACGACGACGACGCAGAGCCGAUGAGCAGGCGAACACGCGCCGGCCGCUUGCCAUGACGCUUCGGUUGCACUCGAGCUUCGUAAAAAUCUCUCUUUUUUUGGCCCGGUUAGAGGCUAGAUGAAUUUUCAGUCCUUUUUUCUUCGUUUUCGCUAGGUUUUGUCUCAAUUUUCCUCGCAAUUUUGCACUGUAAUGGAGUUUAUGCCACUAAAAGAAAAGAAAAGAAAAACAUAAGAGCAAGUCAGAUUAGCAGUCAA